CCAUGAUGACUGCGUCGGACGACGCGUCCGAGCUCGAUGAGACUCUGCCGCCGCCGCCGCCGUCGUCAUCAUCAGCAUCAUCAUCAUUAUCAUCAUCAGCAUCAUCGUUGCUGAGAUCGCCUCGCAAGCAGCCCACUGUCACGGCCGCCGUUCCGUCGUCAGCUGCAUCCGCCGUCCCGACAAUCCCCGCAGCGACGACAGCCGCCACGUUGCCACCGUCAUCAUCCUCAGCACUGUCAUCAUCGUCGUCGUCGUUCACUGGGGUCGCAGGCGUCGCGUCGUCGUCGUCGUCGUCGAGUGUUGGCGUCCCAGCGACCAUGCCGCCGUCCUCUUCAUCACCGUCGCACUCGGGCGCGCCUGUCCAUGCCAACACUGCGUCGACUCCUGCUACGACCGCCACUCCCACUUCAACCACUACUCCUACUACUACUACUACAAUCCUCAGUGCUGCCAACAUUGCUGCGUCGCCCGUCCCGGCUCUGCGCACUGCUGCAACGGGCAUGGGCGCGCUCAGUCCCAUCGUGUCCAGCACUCAGCGCUGGUGCUCGCCACGCACCCACCGCGUCGUCCACUGCGUCCCGACCGAGCUCGCAAGAUUGAGCUUCAAGACUGUCCUGCCGCGGUCGUGGAAGAUUGCAACGCCGCCGCCGCCAUUCGCGUCGACGCUGUUCGCUCCUGCGCUGCCGUGGUUGACGCGCCAUGGGAUGCCCGUUCCGCAGUGCUUGUGUCUGUUCAUACCAACCACACCCGUCAAGCGCUCUCAGGCGACGCUCGCUGCGGCUGCCAAGCGUCGCGCUGCCGCCAUCGCGCAGCAGAACGAUGCUGCCGCCGCUGCUGCCGCCGCGAGUGCCGUGGCGCUUCAGAACGAGCUCCAAUCACCCAACACGCGCAGCACGUUCGCAGGCACAGCGUCCUCUGCAAUGCUGUCGCCUUCUGCAUCGCGGCCAAUGUCGCCAACGCUCGGAUUGCAGCAGCCAGCGAACGGCGCCGAGGCAGACGCGCUCUCUGCAGCGUUUGCGAGCCUCGAGCACAGCAACAUGGCAACCCCGUCAAUCUCGCGAUCGCACUCGAUGGAUUCGCUUCUUUCGGCAGCAGGCAACCUUGCCACAAGCAGAAUCCAACAGUAUGGGGAAGGCGACGGCGAUUUUGCCUACUUGCCGCCCAGCGCUUUCGGCGCAAGCAACACCGUGUCCAACAGUCGACCCACGACGCCCAGCAUGAGCUCCUUCCACGACACUAUGCGUUCCAACAAUCGUAACAACCAAGGCAGACUCAAUCACAACAAUAACAACGCGAUUCCAGAGAAAUUUGGUAUUACGGUCGGAUUCACCUCCUACAGCAACCCGCAGCCGUCACCGCGCGAAAACCAAAACACACAGAGCCCGCGGCACCACACCAGUUCGUUUAGCGACGUCCCGCUGGAAGAGCGCAACUCGGCCUUGCGCGAACCCUUGCAGAAUGACGCCAACGUGCGCUUUGAAGUUCAUGCUGUCCGCACUCCCUUUCCCGUCAACGCUGCUGAUUUGGCUCAGACCUACCUUGAUGCUGCUGGGUACGGCGUGCGCCAGCUGCAAUGGUGGGAUACUGGGCGAGAGUUUGGCCGACUGCUGGUCGAUGUCAUGGCCGUGGACGAUUAUUCCACAUCGUUCUGGGCUUCGCCGCCCACGUCACCCACCGUCAACAAGCGGCGCGGCUCCACGAGUAGCAACUCUGGGCGACGAAAACACCAGAGUCACUCUGCAAGCAACGGUCGUGUUUCGCCACUGGUCCCCGACGCAGCUACACUGGCCGCCGACGAUGCCAUUGAUGAAGAAACGCUUCUCGUGCGGAUGAUUACAUUUGCAGUCGGCCCUUGGCUGGUUAUGGCUUGCGGUGUGUGUGCGCGGACAGACUGGGACGACUUUAAGCGGGACCUUGCCCUUGCUUGCGGCUCGCUUCAGCUCACGAUGGAGUCCUCGAUCGGGCUGGCCAUCACGUCUGCUCCUUCGUCCCAAGGCGCGAACGCCAACAGCACCACGCUUUCCAACCUGGUCACCUCCUCGCCAUUGAUGCCAGCCAUGCUUCAGACCUCCUCGUCAACGUCGACCCCCGCGUCUCCCUCAAAGCGGGGCCAGCCACAGACAGCUGCAGCGCACGCUUCGCAACAAGACUCCUUCCAAGAGUCGACUGCACAGGCCAUCCAGCGUGCUGUUUCGCCGCCCCCGUUUGCCUCUUCUGCCGCGCUGUCCAAUUCCAUGUCCACGGCGUCCAACGCGCUCAACACGUCGUCCAUCGCCACGAGCGACGCGGCGUUCUUGCGGCAGGUCUCCAGCGAGUCGAUUGUCCAGUAUGUAACUCCGCCAGUGCAGCGAGAACGGCCACAGUUUGGAUUCCGAUACCCCACCACUUGGCAGUUUGAUGUGGCGUCUCGCGUUCCUGCCGGCACCUCUGCCAUGCAUCUUCAGUUGUGCCUCGAGCCUGGCGUGCUGUCUGCGUACAUUCUUGUCAAGGCCACCAGCUUCAAGCACUACCCUCAGACAACAUUGAACACGCUUGUGGCAGAAUCGAUCUUGGAGCUGCAAACCAGCGGCUUUGUCUGCGAUCGCAGUCUCCCCAGCCUGUUCAUGCCCGUGAGCGCAGGGAAAGACUUUGUGCCGAAAGACUUUGCGGCUGCACUUCAGGCGGCUGCCGCGUCUGGCACGUCGUCGUCGGGCACCACGUCUCGUGCGAGCAAUUCGCGAUCGCGUGCUGGUUCCACAACAUCCUCCUCCACCUUGAACGACGAAAUUCCCAUGAUCGCGUGGGUCAAGGCGCCCGUUGAUUUCGACGUCCCCGGCAACACGGUUCCUGACUACCAGGGCACUGGCGUGCUGUACGGGCACGUCGCUGACAGCACUGUCGAGGCACGCAUCGGCCUCGUCUACUUGCAAAACAGCGCCAUUUCCAUCUGCAUGCUGUGCCCUCGACGAGAGCGCGAGCCGUAUGUCUGGCUGCGUUGCAAAGGCGCCUUUGAGUUUAUUCGUCGCACGUUCUGGGACGAAGGGACGGUGCAAUCGGCCGGAACGACUGGCAGCGUGUCCGGCCCAGUUUCCCACUCGUCGCUCACGGGAUUUGGAGAGGAGUCUCUGCCCUUCAUGUACCAACCCACGAAUCCAGCCUCACCCGAGGCGAUUCUCAAGUCCGGCUCCGACGUCUUCCGACAGUCUAAUUGGACGAGCGUCGAGGUGCGGCUUGUCAAUCGGUAUUACUACCAGAAUCUUGUCGUCCUGGCCAAGCAACAGAUUCGCAUUCGCCAACGCCAUCAACUCCAACAACAACAACAACAGCAGCAGCAACAACAACAACAGCAGCAGCAGCAGCCAGGACAGCGCGACUCGACGGUCCGGGCUUCGCUUUCGCCCGGAGAUGAAAUUCUCUUCCGCCCGCCAUCAGCCAUGUCUGCGACAUCAACAGCUUCGUAUAUUUCUGCCAACUCGCAAGCAUCAACAUUGUCCAGCGCGGGCAACAGUGGCGAUCUUGCCGAGUCUGCAGAAUCAGACCCGCUGCAUCUCGGCAUUUCACAGCACCAGCGUCACAAGCACUGGGUGCGUGACGACCAAUCUGCCAGCUGUACUCUAUGCGGCGAUCGCUUCACCCUGUUCGUUCGGCGGCAUCACUGCCGCUUGUGCGGGUUGAUUUUCUGCCACGGCUGCUCCAACAACUUUGCCGCCAUUCCCGGAAAUCCGCUGCCAAAGCGUAUGUGCAAGCCGUGUUUCCUGAAAGUGACUUGAGGCAACGCGAGGCCGAGGCAACCUCUUGCUGCGUUAUCGUUUCAGUUAGUGUGAUGCGUUUGAUUUUGGGUGUUUUUCAUUGAUUAAAAUCAGU